AGUCAGGCAAUGCUCGAGCUGCAGAUUCGUGUCAAAGAGCUACAGACAGAAAAUUAUUACCAGCUACGUCUCAAAGAUAUGUACUGUAAUGAAAAAAUAAAGGAAUUAGAAGAGAAUUACACUUCGGAAAUAGGCUCCCUUAAAAACAAAUACCAGAUUUUACAGGAAGAGAAGGAAAAGCAGGAGCUGCAGCACCAGUUGCAACUGUCUGAGCUGAUGAAUAAACAUGCCAGAGAAGUGCAACAGUUAGAAUCUGAGAGUAAUCAGAAACUUUUAAUGGAAAGUGAGAAAUACCAGGAGCUGAAAGAGAAAUCACAGAAAAUGCAGGAAGAAUAUGAGGAACAAUUGCAUAAUCUGGACGAAAGCAAAAGCAGGGCUGUGAAGGACCUAACAGAACAUUAUGAGGAAAAACUUAAUGAGAAGUCCGUUCUGCUGGAAGAGGCAGAAGAGCAUAUGAGGCAGCAGCUUCAAGCACAUGAAGAAAUUACAAAACAAAUUGAAGAAGAUGGAGACCAAGAAAUUUUGGAAAUUAAAGUCAAGUAUGAGAGACAGCUCUUGGAAGAAAAGGAAACAAACUUGGAACUGAACGGAGAAAUAGAAGUCAUGAAUAAAAGGUUGAACAGCCUACAGAAAGAGCUCAAUGAGAGAAAUAGAGACACUGAGGAACUGAAACUGGAACAGCAGAAGCUGCAAGGCAUCAUUAAGUCACUGGAGAAGGACAUCUUGACACUGAAGACAGAGAUGCAAGAGAGAGCUGACACUAUCCAAGACAAGGAGAAACACAUAUCUGACCUAAAACAGAAAAAUCAGGAGCUGGAAAAGUUCAAGUUUAUACUGGAUUACAGAACAGAGGAGUUUAAGAAGCAAAUGGAGUCACGUGAAAAUGAUACUAAAACAAUGAAGAAGCAGAUUCAUGAGAUGGAGGGGGAGCUGGAACGAUUCCACAAGGAGAACACACAGUUGAAGCUGAACAUCACACGACUGCAACAGAAAUUAAAGGCAACUGAUCACGAGAUGCACAGAGAGAGACAGAAGAAGCAAAAUAUGGAAACUCUCAUCAAAAGAGUUAAAACAGAUCUUCAUAAUUGUGUGGGCUUCAUUCAGGACUCCAAAAAAAUGAAGGAUGGGAUCCGUGAGCUCUACACCAAGUAUGUGCAGCAAUCAGACUUGGUGGAGACUGAAGCCGUAGACGCAGAUUUGCAGCAGGAGUACAUGAGACAGCGAGAGUAUCUGGAGAGGAAUUUGGCAGCUUUAAUAAAGCAAGUGGUGAAGGAUCAGGAAAUUCACCAAGCUGCUUAUGGGCGCAUCCUACAGGAAAAUAUGAGUCUGAUUAAAGAAAUUAAUGACUUGCGGCAAGAACUGAACGACGCCCACGCCCAGGUACACGACCUUCGGUCAACGCUAAGAUUAACAAAGAGAAAACAAACAAUUCAAGACACAGCUCCCUCCAGUGAACCACUGUCCAGCCCAGCUGUCCUAAGGUUGAAUGCAGAGCAGGAAAGUGAGAAAAUCAUAGAAAUGCAGCAUCUAGAAAUUGAAUACCUGCGAGGCCAAAUCAAGGAGAAGGGACAAGUCCUUGCAGCUGAGCCUGCCUCAGUCAGAGAUCUUCCUAAGCUGAGUCUGGAAACAAGCCACAAGACAGAGCAACAGUGA